AUGUCUGGAAAUCUGUAUUUACCCUCAUUGACACCAUCCCUCGACGAACAACUCCUCCGGCGAGCGUCCCCCCCUUCAUUUGACGGCACACCAGUCAAAUCCACCUCGUCAUCGCAGAAAGGCUCCGAGCAGACGCGUGAGUUGGUGAAUCUGAGAAUCUUCAAGGAGAUACAUGGCUGCACAUUUCGAGACGUUGAGGGCUUCUUUGACAAAUAUUUUGAGGAGAAGGAUUGGAGCGGCAAAGCAGAUGCCAUCUGUCAACGCGUAUUGGCCCCGGACAGCGACGGUAAUUGGGCCCAGUUUCCCAACCCUCCUACACAGGACAAUGUCCUCACCUGGUGGUUUCGUCUUCAAGAAGACCUUCUCUCAGAAUCACGCGGCACCUACUACACCACGGUGAGCAAAGCAGAUCUUACCAGUUCAAAGGCGGAACGGCAAGUCGACCUCCUUCUGAGAGCUAGAGGUGCGAACCCCUCGCAAAAAAAUCACGACUGUGGAGAUAUCCUGGUAGUUGGCGAGCUCAACAAAUCCAAGGAGGAGAUCAGGACCAAAGGCACCCUGCUGCAGAUGAGCCGCUACGUGCGCGAGGUCUUUGCCGCCCAGCCCACCCGGCGGUUCGUCCACGCGUUCGCCGUCUGUGGGACCAAGAUGGAGGCGUGGGCGUUCGACCGCUCGGGCCCCUACAGCUCGGGCAUCAUCGACGUGGACUCAAGACGGUUCUUUCAGGUGCUUGUUGGCUACACCAUGAUGAGCGACGAGGAGCUGGGACUAGACACCUUUAUUGCUAGGGAUGAAGACGGCAACAAAUCAAUAACAGUCAAAGGGCCUGGGAACUCAGAGGGAAAGAAGGUGCGGCUGGGUGAAAUGCUUUCCUGUCAGUGUGCCAUCGUGUGUCGUGGAACCACAUGUUUUCUCACAAAUGAUGGACAAGUGGAUGGUGUAGCCAAAAUCUCAUGGGUGUCGAACAAGCGGCGGCCAGAGGCGGAACUCCUCGAGCUGGCGGGUCAGAAGAAUGUCCAGGGGGUCGCCAGGAUCAUUGGCCACAGUACCAUUACUAGUAUCGCCGACAUGUGCUGUGGCCUGACCUUCGAUGACAAGCGCCACGACUUCAAAAGCGCACCCUCCAGCACGGCUUCCUCUUUUCAUCAAUCUCAGCUGCUCGCCAAGCCCUGUCACUUAGAUAUCCGUCGAAAAUCAUCAUCCAGGAAACGCAGAUCCCCAGAUGAGAGGCUGCAGGCGUCCAAACGAUCACAUUCCAUCAGUCAACCAUCAAGGGACACCCAGGAGGAGAACAAACUAGCAUUCUCCAUUCAGUUGGCGCACAAACCGAGCCUCUUUGACAGGAAUGUCACCCUUCGAGCUUCUCACAGCGCUUCGCGAUGCAAUACACGCGCACCGGUCUCUUUACCUGGAUGGGAACGUCCUUCAUCGGGAUAUUUCGGAGAACAAUAUAAUAAUAACAAAUCCAGGCAAGGCGGACGGUCACUCAGGCAUGCUAAUCGAUCUGGAUCUUGCCAAAGAAGUUGGGAGGGGGCGAAGAGUGGCGCGCGGCACCAGACCGGCACAAUGGAGUUCAUGGCGAUCGAAGUGCUGUUUAAUAUCGACCAAACCUAUCGGCAUGAUCUUGAGUCAUUUUUCUACGUGCUUAUCUGGCAAUGUGCCCGUCACGGUUGGGAAAAAUUAAAGCAAUUGCAGAAGUUAUACCAGCUACGUGUCUGGUCAGAAGAUAGUAUGCUGAAGAAAUGGUGCACGGAAAGUCAUGAAAAAAUCGAAAACCUCAAUCAAGGCAACACGGAAACUGGUGAAUUUGAGCGCAUCUUAAAGAAUGAAUUUUCUCCACCGAAAGACAGUAUGCUGAAGGAGUGGUACACUGGAACCUAUAAAAAAAUCGCAAGAAUCAAGCGAACCGAUAUGGACGCAGAUGGGCUUGAGGAUAUUUUGACUGAGUUUCCUCCAGCAUUUGAGUUUGCCAAACCGCUUUGCACAGCUCUACGAGACAUUCUUUUCCCGUACCGGGUCAGAGGAAUUAUCGUUGGCACCCCGCAAGACCCAAACCGCAUAUACAAUCCCAUUAUCAAGGCGUACGACGAUGCGAUAUCUUUGAUUGGAUGUCAAAGUAAUUAG